UCCGCCGCCGGGGAGCGGAAAAAACUCCUGCGCUGUUUCGCGCUGGUUUUUCCUCGCUGAAGGCAGUCUGGGAAAGGAUCAGCCAGCGACAGCAACCUGCUCUGUGUGGACACUGGAGUGGGACCCUGGCCAUGAAGCACUACUCCUGUGAGCCCUGGCCAGCCCUCGCUGUGCUCCUCCUCACCGCUGUCCUCUGGGAUUCCUGCUCAGCAGCAGCUGAAGACCUCUCCAAUGUUUCAACAACUGAGUAUGAACCACCAUGUCUUAGAGUGAACUUCUGCAGCCAAGCAGCCAUGUGCUGCCCUUCAGGCAUGGAUGACUACGGCUGGAUCGCAGCGGCCGUGGGCUGGAGCCUCUGGUUUCUGACCCUCAUCCUGCUCUGCAUGGACAAGAUCAUGAAACUCCGCCCUGACGAACCCAAAUACUUGGUGGCCUGAAGCAGAGCAAGCUGGCAAGCAGCAGCACUGGGGAGCAGUGAGGUGCAGGCAGACUGACAAAGCAUUUCCAACACUUGCGAACCACCUUCCACCAAAAAAGGCCUAAGCAGGGCAGCUGCUGAGGCUUUACCCUCUUUGGCAGGCUGGAGCUGCCAGCCAAAGAGUGGAGCAGGCAAGUCCCUGCACAUCACCACACAUGUGCCGCAGUGCAAAAGCCCCACUUUUCCCUGAGCCCUCUCGUGCUUGCUGUGAGCACAGCAGCAGGAGGAGAGGCUGAGGGACCAGCUACCAGCAUAUUGCCUCAAGACAACCUGGUGCAUGACCUUUGGGUCAGACACAGAAAGUGGGCAAAUUGGUUGUAUUUAUUCAGCUUCCAUUUGCCUGAGCAACUAAGCCAAGCUGAACUGUGGCAAGCAGGUUUUAAAACAGAAUAUCCA